AUGGCCGCGACAGACUCCAAGGACUUCCAGAGCACGGUGCUCGGACUCUACCCAGAUGACUCUGAUACAAUCGCUCCCGUAGAUUUCAGUACGGGAGGCAGUGGAUGGUCAGCGGACAUUUUCGUGAAACGGGAAAGUGUAUCAGACGAGGGUGGGAGCAGCUGUGAGGACAGGACAGACGAUCACUUCCCCGGAUGCACCUGUUGUCGGUACUGCGACAAAACCUUCCCUCAUCUCUCGAGAUUACGCCAACACGAGUUGACGCAUAAAGCGGAGAAAUGUUUUUCCUGCUCCAAAUGCUCGAAGAGCUUCUCGAGGAGAGACACACUAACGAGACACGAGAGUACCCACGAAGAGAGGGAGCUCCUCAUAUGCGGGGCCGAAGGUUGCGGUCAGAAGUUCAUCGCGGCACGGUAUUUGAGAGCUCACGAAAAGAGCCACGGUGAUUUCAAUGAGUCCAGGCGCUCCAGGAAUAAAUCACGGAAACCUCUCGGAGAGAAGCCGAGCAACGACGCGGACUCACGAGCGGAAUAUCCCCGAGAAAAAUGUGACGUUUGCGGGCUGGAAACUCUCAGAGUCAACAUGGCACGGCAUAAGAGAACGUCCCACUCGCACGGGGAAGAAUCGAAACUGAAGUGCGAAACCUGCGGAUUGGUCGUUCGCGAUCAGUGGCAAUUGCGGGAACAUCACAAAACAAAACACUCGAAAAUCAAAAAUUUGGAGUGCUCCGAAUGUGACAAGCAGUUCAAGACGAGUAAUGGCUUGCAGAAGCACGAACGCACACACCAACAAAUCAAAUCUCACGUCUGUCCGGAUUGCGGUAAAUCCUUCUUGCGCAAAGAUACCCUCGACAUUCACCGUCGGGUCCACAAUGAUGUGAGACCGCACAUCUGCGAGGAAUGCGCCGCUUCUUUCACACAAAGGGGUCAUUUGAUCAGGCAUCAGAAACGAUUCCACUCCUGA